ACAGCGGCGCGCCACAUUCAAGAGUUUCUAGCGCCGUAAUCUUUCCCGGGGUAUAAAUUUGUAAUAUAUUGUUAUUUAUUUCAUUUUUCUGUAAUAUUUUUAAACUGUAGCGUAUUUACAUAAACAUGGACUGUGUAGAUUUCCCAAGAGUUCUUCCAAAUUCACCGAGAAAGGCACGAGGACAAAUUCAGGUCAUCUUUGGACCAAUGUUUUCAGGCAAAAGCACUGAACUGAUACGAAGAGUGCGCCGUUUCCAGAUAGCCCAGUACAACUGCUUGGUGAUCAAAUAUGCCAGAGACACACGUUACUCGGACACAGGCAUGGCCACACAUGACAAAAACACAAUGGAAGCCGUGCCAGCCAGUUGUCUGCGAGAUGUGCGGCAUCUGGCGUUGCAAGCCUGUGUCAUUGGAAUCGAUGAAGGACAGUUUUUUCCAGACACAGUGGAGUUUUGUGAAGAGAUGGCCAAUUUAGGGAAGACAGUCAUCGUAGCUGCUUUGGAUGGAACCUUCCAGAGAAAGCCAUUUGGGAACAUCCUGAACCUCAUCCCUCUGGCGGAGAGCGUAGUGAAGCUUCAUGCCGUCUGCAUGCAGUGUUAUAAAGAAGCUGCCUACACCAAGAGGAUAGGAGCAGAGAAGGAGGUGGAGGUGAUUGGUGGAGCUGACAAGUAUCAGGCGGUGUGUAGGAAGUGUUACGGGGGUCUGGUGGUGGACAAAGAGAACAGCGCUCCCUUCAGGAAUGAAACGCCACAACAAGCCCUCACAGGAAAAGUUGUGGACUCUGCAGUGCCCAGGAAGCUUUUCUCCUCUCUCCACCUCUAAGACUUGAAAAUAAGACUUGCAGGAGUUGAGCAGAGACUAUAAAUCUAUGAAUCAAAGGGUUUUUGUGUGUGAGAGCAAACAAUAAGUGGAAGGAAAAUGUAGUCUUUUAUCUCACAGUAACCUUUUUGUUUUCAGAUGAGUGUUUCCUGGUAUUUCAGGUACCUCCAGUUUCCUGCUAAACAUGGAUUAAUCAGCCCAGAUAACUUCCUUUUAAACCUCUGUGUUUGUAUUAGGUGUCUAAUUGGUGCAGAAUAUUAUUCUAUGUAUUAAGUUUUUUAACUUGACGUGACAAAGCACUUGAUAAUAACCCUGAAAAUGAGUUGACCAAUGAGUAACUCACUGUCAUCGUUUUCACUACACUGGUGUUUGGAUUUCUUUCAACGUCUGUAACUGUAGCAAUAGCCUGUCAAACGCAAGGUUUUAAAUUAUUUUUGUUUAACUAAAUGUACUGUGCAUGUAUCAAUGCAUUAUUUUCUGCCAACAUUCAUAAAGAAGAGAUCCUCAGUGGAAGGUUUGACUCAUGUACAGCAGGUCAGGAGUAGGGCUGGGUAUUGGCAAGAAUCUGGGGAUAUGAUAUGUGUCAUAACAUGGGGUGACCAUUCAAUGUAUUUCGAUACUCUGCACAAGGCAAUAUAUGAUUUUUUUUUAUUUUUUUUUAAAUUGUGUGUGUGUUGGGGUUUUUUUUCUAAUUUUAGGAAAACAAUGCUUGUGGUUCAUAUUUAAUGACGCUGCCUGUUUCACAGGCGGGUGUUCUUUGUGUUGGCACAAGCAAUACUGUAUGUUACAUUGGAGUGGAAGAGUCAAAUGGCUGAAUGAUCCAGCUGUAUGAGGUUUAAACACAAAAGAGAAUGAACCGCUGCCACAGAUCUUUGCAUGUAAACUAUUAAUUAAAAAUGAUAGUUUUUUAAAAAUUGUUACAGUAUCACAAAACAUAAUUUCACAAUGCUCAAGUAACGUUUUUUUCUUAUACCUAGAUGGGUAAAGUAGUGAUGAGUCAAAUUAAAUUUAAAUUGUGUAUUUCAGAA